GGAAAUUUGGGGAUAUCCUCCAACUCUUAUUUCCAGCUCUUAAUAGGGUUGACACUGAGAGUCCCAAAGUUAGAGUAACAGUCUUUGUUCACCAAAUAAAUAUUUAUUGAACAUUUACUAUGUGCGAGGCACUGGUUUUGGCACUGGGAUACAGCAGUGAACAAAGCAAAUAGACGAUCUUCACCCAGAAGGCCUGUGCAUUUUUGUGGGGUAAACAAAUGAUAAACAAAAGGUAUAGAAUGUCGGAUGGUGGUUGCUAUGGCGGGAAAACAAAGCUGGGAAUGAGGAUAGGAAAUAUGUACAGGAGUAGGGAGGUAGCGAUUGUAUGUAGGCGAUCAUAAAAGGGCUCACCUGGAACAUGAUGUUUGAGCAAAGAUCUAAAGGAAGUGCCAGUAGAGCCAUAUGGAUUUGCAUGGGAAACGCAGUCUUGGCAAAUAGAACAGCAAAUGCAAAGGCCCUGGGUCUCAAAUAUGCCUAGUGUAUUGAAGCAACAGCAAAGAAGCUAUUGUGGUGAUAGCGGACUGGAUGGCUUAGGAGGACCAGGUGUACAACUAGGAAGCCCAGAUAAGAAAAAACGCAAGGCAAAUACACAGGGACCUUCUUUUCCUCCAUUGUCUGAGUAUGCUCCACCACCGAAUCCAAACUCUGACCAUCUAGUGGCUGCUAAUCCAUUUGAUGACAACUAUAAUACUAUUUCCUAUAAACCACUACCUUCAUCAAAUCCGUAUCUUGGUCCUGGUUAUCCUGGCUUUGGAGGCUAUAGCACAUUCAGAAUGCCGCCUCACGUUCCCCCAAGAAUGUCUUCCCCAUACUGUGGUCCUUACUCACUCAGGAAUCAGCCACACCCAUUUCCUCAGAAUCCUUUGGGCAUGGGUUUUAAUCGACCUCAUGCUUUUAAUUUUGGGCCACAUGAUAAUUCAAGUUUUGGAAAUCCAUCUUACAAUAAUGCACUAAGUCAGAAUGUUAACAUGCCUAAUCAACAUUUUAGACAAAAUCCUGCUGAAAACUUCAGUCAAAUUCCUCCACAGAAUGCUACUCAAGUUUCUAACCCUGAUUUGGCAUCUAAUUUUGUUCCUGGAAACAAUUCAAAUUUUACUUCUCCAUUAGAAUCUAAUCAUUCUUUUAUUCCUCCUCCAAACACUUUUGGUCAAGCAAAAGCACCACCCCCAAAACAAGACUUUAGUCAAGGAGCAACCAAAAACACUAAUCAAAAUUCCUCUGCUCAUCCUCCUCACUUAAAUAUGGAUGACACAGUGAAUCAGAGUAAUAUUGAAUUAAAAAAUGUUAAUCGAAACAAUGCAGUAAAUCAAGAGAACAGUCGGUCAAGUAGCACUGAAGCAACAAACAACAACCAUGCAAACGGGACGCAGAAUAAACCACGACAACCAAGAAGUGCAGCAGAUACAUGCACCACUGAAAAAAGCAAUAAAUCCUCCCUCCACCCAAGCCGUCAUGGUCAUUCGUCUUCUGACCCAGUGUAUCCUUGUGGAAUUUGUACAAAUGAAGUGAAUGAUGAUCAGGAUGCUAUCUUAUGUGAGGCCUCUUGUCAGAAAUGGUUUCAUCGGAUCUGUACUGGAAUGACUGAAACAGCUUAUGGCCUCCUAACUGCAGAAGCAUCAGCAGUAUGGGGCUGUGAUACCUGUAUGGCUGACAAAGAUGUCCAAUUAAUGCGCACUAGAGAAACUUUUGGUCCACCUACAGUGGGUGGUGAUGCUUAAUCACAGGCAUUAACUAAAGUGGGUUUCUUUUCCUGUGUAUUACAGAGGGGUUCAGUAACACGGGAUUUUAAUGUUUUACAUUAUUUUUUUAAAACCACACACAAAAACCUUUUUACCUUUUGGUUUUUAUUGAUAUUCCACUUCAUUACUAGAACAAAUUUUGUAUUGUUUUUGUCUGCUAUCUUAAAUGAGAAUAAUGUAUAUAGAGGUGCUUUAGAAACAUAAGUAAAUGUUAGUUGUUAUUUAUCAUAAACAUAAAAGCCUCUUGAAGCUUCAAAAUAAUAUAUAAUGUAGGUAGGUUUAAAUUUUAAAAGUUAGAAUCAUUGAAAAAUGUAUAUUUUAGUGCUGAACUUUGGCUGUACUACAUUAGACAUUUAGUUCAAAAAGUUUUUUAGGGAUUCAUUUAUUUUCACAACUUAAUAUAUGUAGUUAUAACAUGGGGGGAAAGCAUACAUUUUAAUGGAUUUUAAAUAAUAGAAUAUGACGUCAGAUUUCACCACUUCUAGGGUCUUUGGGUUAGUGAAUUUCAUAUUUUCAAGUGAAUGUUUCCAGGAUAUCUGUACAGCUAUGAGACAGAUCUUAGAUAUAGUAAAUCUUCAAUAAGUAUUUGUUGAUUAACUUGUGGAUUGUACCACAUGAAAUUGCUAAUACCAGAUUAGUUGAAAAUUGACUGCAAUUAGUAAAGUUGGCAUAAAGUAUGUUUCCAGUUGUGCUAUUUAGAAUUAUGAUAGAAUUAUGCUCUUAAUUUUGAUACUGAGUUGUUUUGUAUUGUUUAUCGUUUUCCAGAGAAAUAAAUACUAUAGUAUCCUCAAAAGAAUUGUGAAUACUUUUUUAAAAAUAUGAUUUUAACUGGGACGUAUUGCAAAUGAAGAAGGUAGAAACAUCAGUUUGUCCUUAGAGGGCUCUGCUAGUGAUGUUUUGGAAAAUCUUAUUCUGGGGAUCUGAAUUUCAAAAAUGAACCUCAGGGGAGAUAAAAUCCAUUUUAAACAAAGAUCAUUAAGAGCCAAGAUGAAAGCUAACUCACAAACAGCAAUUGGAGGCCUUGCAGCAGUCUUAAGGAGUUUCUGCCAUGACUGGGGAAAGUGUAAAAAUGGACCUGAGAGUACCCUCUUGAGAGAUGAUCGAGAAUGGAAACAGUUGGAGGCGUGCUCAUUAAAAUUCAAAACAGUGGAAACCUAUUUUUGGAGCAGGUUAUCUGUGGCUAAAAAAAGCAAAUACUGUUUGACAAUUGAUAGCAGUUUAUACAAUGGUUGGAUGCUGGUGAAGUUCCCUAAUAUGUUGACACCAUUGUCAUUGUGACCAAAAUUCUGAAGACUGUAUUGUGAUCUGUGAAAGGGAUAAUUAAUUACUACUGUUUAAAUCCACUUGAAACAACAACAGCAGCAGCAUUUUGUCAGGAAAUUUAAAUCAUGAAAUUUUUUAUUUAAAAACAAUGCUCUUUGGUUAAUAAACAUGAAACUAUACUUUUACAUGACAGGACUCGACCUCACGCAAGCCAUUAAAGCAAAGUUAAUUUACUUGGACUAUGAAAUUUUGUCACAUCCAUUGUAGUCACUGGACCUUUAACCAACGGACUACCAUCUUUAUCAUUUGGAGCUUUUUCUAAGAAACAACACAUUUCCCCAAUUGAGAUGCAGUAACUGGAGAAUUUGAACAAUUUAUACAGCCUAACAAAUGAUGAAUUUUAUAAAAAUUAAACAUUUACUAUUCUGUUGGAAGAAAACUGUUAAUGCUCCUGGUGCAUAUUUUGAUUGAAUAAAACUUAUUUUUUUAAAUACAGUGUUUUUAAUUUUGACCUAUAAAAACAGCAAUUUCAUAUGGUACAAGGUAUUAUAAGGUUUUCUCCAUUUACCCUUGACUAGUUAGAGGUGGGCACAAAAUAUUUUCAAUAGUUGUGAAAUAUAUAUCUUUAAAAUUUUAGGAAACAAAAUGAUACGAACUCUAAUACUAGGUACUCCUUUGUGUGACAACUUUACCAGUUGAAGCAGGUAAAAAUGCAGUAUUUUUGGCUGAGUCAGACAUUUGAUGGUGUUCAGUAGCAUACUUGAAGAUCCCAUUUUACUUAUAUUGUAAUUUUUGUUAGAUAUACAUCAUUUUCUAAAUGUUUAAGGACCUAGUUAUGUUUUUCUUAAAAUUCUAGUGAGUGCUGAUUUUUAAUAAAUGAUACACUGCAUGCUGUGUGCUCAGUCCAAGCAUCAGAUCAUAAUUUCUUAUGGUUGAAUAGAGCUAGAAAUAUAUUGUGAGUAGAACCUUCCAAUGUUUUCAGGAGUUAACACUUUACAUAGUAGUACUUGAGUUGUGCUCAUUACUAAAAUUGAUUAUGCAGUUUUUUAAACCUUUUGUUGCUUGCAGUUUCAUUAGUUAGCUGUUUUUGUGAAAAUGAAAUAACAUCUUCCAAUUUAGUCUCAAGAUACUUGGUUUGUCAUGUGAUUCUUUCAUUUUUCUGUUUCCAAGUAGUUGUUUUUAAAAACUUACAGACAGGUGAAUUUGUAUUCAAGUGUUUAGGUAGGUCUUCAACGUACCUUAUUUAAAUAAGAAUCUGUAAAUAUUCCAAAGAAAAAUCCAUGGUUGAUUCUGAAA